AUGAAAAGUCCAUGCCCAAAAUUAGAGGUAUGGGUGCCAAAGAAAGAUGGCUUCACUGAGUUCAUAAAAGUGAACGAGAAAUCAGAAGUCGAAGGUGGAUUCUCCAUAGCCAUAUUCUGCCAUGCAUUGCAUUUAUUACCAUAUAGUGUCAAACCCAACUUCAGACUGUUCAUCAAUGACACGGGGAAAAGUAGAGGUACUUAUGAUCAACUCGUUGAGCAUAUUAAAGGCAAGACUUGUCACGCUGUCGCAGGUGAUGUAACAAUUCGGGGUAAUAGAGCUCAACAUGUUGACUUUACAAUUCCCUACCUGAAUUCUGAAGUUUAUGUGCUUGUACGUGCUUCCCAUGAAUGGAACCAAACACUGUGGACUUUCUUAAAACCUUUCACCUGGAGACUAUGGAUCACAAUAGUUGUUGUAUGUCUCUUCACUGGGGUUGCACUUGCAAUUUUGGAAUACCGGGAGAAAAAUCCAAGCUUUUCAAGCCCAAUAUAUAACCAACUCAUAAUGGUUAUAUGGUUUCCCAUUUCCACAUUCUUCUUCCAGGAAGGAAAGAUACAAAAUAAAUGCUCCAAAGUUGUGCUUGUGAUCUGGCUAAGUAUGGUUUUCAUAGUUAUUCAGAUUUUCACCGCUACUUUGUCCUCAUGGUUAACACUAGAUCAACUACGUCCUAUGCCUCCAACUUUUGAACAUGCUGGAUACCAAGAUGGUUCCUUUUUUAAAGAUCUCAUAACAAAAAAAUUCAAUUGUUCUGACAAGCAGCUUUUACCUCUGAAAAGCGUUGAAGAAUAUAAAAGUGCUUUGACCAGUGGCAUCGUAAGUUUUGUUGUUGAUGAGCUCCCCUACAUCGAACUCUUUCUUGCUAAGUAUGGCUCUGAAUACAUGAAGUUUGGACCAAUAAACCAGGAAUCUGGAAUUGCAUUUGCAUUUCCUCGUGGAUCUCAUUUAUUGCAAGAUUUUUCUAGGGCAGUUAUUAAUGUUACUGAAAGUGAAAUUCUGAUGGAAAUGAAGAAAAAAUAUCUUGGGUUCUCUACUAAUGAUACAUCACAACCUAAUCAAAACCCACCACAACGUCUUGAUGUUCAGAGUUUUAUUGGAUUAUUCAUAUUCAUGGGGACUAUUAUUGUAGGUGCCAUUAUCACAUCAGAAGUUUCCAUUAUGCGUAGAAACAAGAAAGUCCUUCCUGUAAAAUCAUCAACCGAUUUAUGGAUAUGA